CGGAGAUAUGUCAGAAAGUUUGUCUAGUUGUUUUGGACAGUGAGAGAUGAGCAGAUAGAAGUUCUUCUAACUAGUUAAGCUGUUGGCGCUGGUACAACUGAGUUCAUCAACAACUUGUGCUUGCUUCAGGAAAAACAUGAGCUGACAUUGAUUCUUUCUGCGGUAGUUCGGGUCACACUCUUCACACCAUCGAUUCUGUUUCUGUCCGGACGCACCCGCGGAAAAUAACCGGUUGCUGUUGUCUUCCGGUAAUUCUUCCGCACGAUACCAACUAGAUCCAUUGUUCGUUCGAAGGAGACACAAAUCACGCCUGCUCUCCUGGUGAAAGAUUGAGAAGUUCUAGUAACAGGAGCACCAUCAAGAACACAAGCGCGAACACACACACACCGCCAUCCUCAUCCGCGCAAGUAGACAAAUUUCUCCUGCUUCCACCUCCACAGCGGGCACUAUACAACCUCCGCCGCCGCCACUAUGUCGUCCGAAAUUUGGGAGCAGCAUAAGCAGAAUGGGAAUGAUAUGGAUGUGCCAGGAUCGAAAUCGACAAAAUCGAAAAACUUGUGAUGCAUAGAAUGUAGAGCACUGAAGGCCUGUACUGGGGAGCAGGCAUAUGAGACCGAGUGUAAGCCUCUUUAGGGGUAUGCAAUGUGCUGCCAGAGUAGCAUGACAGGAGCAGCCUUCUUUGCCCAAACAGCAUGACAGACUGGAUUUGGGUGCUCCCGAAAUUUGUCAUGCGCCACUUGAAAACUGAGGCUCCAACUAGCAUUGAUUUUGUGCAUCACAAAUUUUUUGAUUUUGCCAAUGAAUUUCGAUUCUGACACUUCCAUAAGUGAGCAUUUUAAGAAAAAGGAGUACGAAAAAGCGAUCGAGCAAUUUUCCAAAGCUAUCGAACUGAAAUAUGAACUGCAAAACAAGUAUCGUAGUCGUAUAAAUGCAUUACAAAUUUUCCUCAGCAUGAGAAGUAAAAGUUGGAAUGCGGAGUUCCCUUUAGAAAAGGAUUUGUAAUGCACACAAGACUUGCAUUUAUACCAGUGCGAUACUUUUGCACAGGAUGUGAAAACCGACAACGCCAUCCUUUUCUCCAACCGCGCCGCGUGUUACCAGUUUCUAUCCACAGUAAAUUUCCUGUACACGACGUAGGUACAAAUGCGGUUUCUGCAUGACAAAACUUGCCUUCGAUCCUAGUCCAGCAUGACAAGUUGGCCUCUGCCAGGUAGCGAAGUUUGUCAUGCAUUUUUUACAUGUACAGGAAAUUUACAUUGCAUAGUUUCAAAAACAAUACGACAAAGCACUAGCCGAUGCGAAGAAGGCCACGGCGUUGGAUCCAAAAUGGUGGAAAGGGUGGUCCAGAAGGGCCGGGGCGGAACAGUGUCUGGAAAAGUACGCAGACGCAAAAAACAGCUACGAGAGGGCGAUACAGUUCAUACCGGCAGAGGAGGGUGGUGGGGAAACGAAAACGAAAAAAUCAGAAUUGGAAGCGGAAUUGAAGAAAUGCAAGGACAAGCUGAUACAGGUCGGAGGUCUGAUAAGAUUUGUAUUGCAUGAGCAGGAAUCGACAAGCUUAUGCAGAUUACGGAUAUCAAUAUCAAGAACUUCUACAGGGAGCCUUUAUUUCAUCAUGUUCAGCAACAUUACACAUGGUUUACUAACGCAACCUAAAUAACCUCUCUUCAGGGCAACAUGGAGGGUCUGAAAUUCACCGACAUCCAGAAAGAACUCCGCCAGUCGCUCGAGCGUCUCUCCCUGGAACAGCUUCGGGACGAAGCGCGAUCUGUAUGACAGUGCACAACCCCCCUCCCCUUCAUUUGUGUGCUGACAUAACCAGCAAUACAAGCAUCAGCAAGAAUGCAGGUUUUGCAUGAGUAAUUCGCACAGGAAGGUAGUGCCAUUUGAGAGGCCCAAACUUGUCAUGCAAACAGUGCAAAGCGGCAAAGCGUGGCUUUGGCAUUUUGCAUGACAAGUGAGGGGGACGGGGAGUUGUGCGCCCUCAUAAUCUGCCGGAAUUUUGGAUGUUUCAAACCAAGACAGCUCCGAGGAGCUGAUAAGGGUAAUUCUCGCUGCGGAUGCGAAGGCGGCGGACGACGAAAGGAGAAGAAGGCAAUGGAACAAGUGGUGCAUCUGCUGCAAGAGGGGGGACCAGGUACAAUCAUGUAAUGAUUUGUUCGGGUGGUCGUGAGAGUAGCAUGACAAACCUCUCUUUUCAAUCAUGCGAUCGUAGCAUGACAAACUUGUUCAGGUAACCCCCGAAGACUCCGACGACCAGGCACCGACCUACGCGGGACCGCAAUCGAGAGGAGAGAAAUACUUGGUGCAGAGGAAGAAACGGAUGCUAUCGUGAGAGAAAACAAGUGUUACAGUUACAUACUCUGAUGGGAGACAAGCAACACAGACAACCUCUGUCAUGCAGGAAAUGCCUAGCAACCUCAUUUCAAAUUCAUUCGUCGUGUUUCCCCUUGUAAUCUGGGCAUCGCAGGCUUUCUUUCUUGCCAUUUCGAGCAACUUUGUGAUGCAGAAACUCCACCAACAAUAAUGUGUAACUGCAACACGACUUUUCUCCUGUGAUAGAUGCAGGCUUUGCAGGAGUACGACAUCAACAAGUUAAAGAAGAUGUGCAAGUCGAAAAGGAUCGAGUACGAGAGAUGGUGGCAAGUAUCGGAUUUCGCUAACGCGAUAAUUCAACUCGAGGAAAAGCAAGCCGCAGAUCCGGAUUACCAGUUGCAGAAAAAUUUGAAGAUUUUGGGUGUAGUGUCGUUUCUGAUUUUGGUGGUCGCCGUCGUGUUGAUUCUGAUAGCGGCGUGAAGAACAAGACGGGAAAUAAACAAGCAACACGAACAUCAUGAGGGAGAUGGUGGGUUCGUUUCAAAACAUAAGGAUAAAAAGCCGCUGUACUAAAACCAAACGCAACAACAUGGUGGACUGGAUUGAUUACAACUUCCUUUGCGCAGGAGGUGAUCAAAAGUUCUUGCAGUAUGUGUAUCGAAAAUCUUCAUGAUGAAAAGUAAGCAAGUAGUACUUGGUUAGAU